AAGGCAUGCACAAAAUACACUUCUUGAACUUGAGCCAAACCCAGCUUGUUCUACCCCAGACCAUUUUCUUGCUGGAAAAAUGGCAACUGCCAUGACCCAGGCUUCGGCUGCUGUCUUCCGACCAUGCGCCUCGAGAUCAAGGUUUCUUUCUGGGUCUUCUGGAAAAUUUAACAGAGCUUUGUCUGUUAAGCCAACAGCUUCUUCAUUGCCCUGUUAUUUCAAAGUUGAGGCCAAGAAAGGAGAGUGGUUACCGGGUUUGCCAUCGCCAGCUUACCUUGAUGGCAGUCUUGCAGGUGACAAUGGGUUUGAUCCUCUGGGACUUGCAGAGGAUCCUGAGAAUUUGAGAUGGUAUGUGCAGGCAGAGCUUGUGAAUGGCCGGUGGGCAAUGCUUGGAGUUGCAGGCAUGCUAUUGCCUGAAGUUUUCACGAGUAUAGGAAUCAUCAACGUACCGAAAUGGUAUGAUGCUGGCAAAGCCGAGUAUUUCGCAUCAUCCUCAACCCUGUUCGUGAUCGAGUUCAUUCUGUUCCAUUAUGUGGAAAUCAGAAGGUGGCAGGACAUAAAGAACCCAGGAAGUGUGAACCAAGAUCCCAUCUUCAAGCRAUACAGCUUGCCACCAAAUGAUGUUGGAUACCCAGGGGGAAUUUUCAACCCACUCAACUUUGAACCAACUCUUGAGGCCAAGGAAAAGGAGAUAGCCAAUGGGAGAUUGGCAAUGUUGGCAUUCUUGGGAUUCAUUGUUCAACACAACGUGACUGGCAAAGGUCCAUUUGACAACUUCUUGCAGCACAUUUCAGACCCAUGGCACAACACCAUUAUUCAAACACUAAGGGGAUAGGAUACUAAAAUCUGUGUGCAAGAAGAUGUGAACUGUGUGAUUGUAAACAUGGGAAUAUCAGUGUACAGGAUGGUGGCAGUUUAUAUAAAUCUAGUACAAGUACGCAACUUGGUUUAACUGAGCAAGAAAGAUUGUGUUAUCACACUUCA